UUUUCUAUUUUCUAGCUAUAUGCUAAAAAAUGAGACACAAUAUACACCAAUAAGUAAAUGAUCAAAAAAUAAAUAAAAUAAAAUCCCAAGAUCUUCCAUAACUAGAAAACGGGUGCCGGUGGGUGGGCGGUGGAAGAAAUAGCAGAGAAUACUCAACUACGCAUGUUCGCGAUGACAAAAUUGACAACAAAGAAGAGAGACAAAUAGAGGAACCAACGUGCGAGAGCGAGAGAGAAACACGCCAGAUGUUCAUGAUGGCUACAGGAUUGGUUAGGGAGUUGAUUCGUAAGAUUUUCCUUUAAAAAAAUCCAUAAUUCGGUGUAAAAAUUGCACAAAAUUCAACGUUGGAGCUUCGAAUUCUGUUUAAAAAAUACACUCCGGCCUUAUGUGAUAUUUAAAAAGUGCAGUUAUCUAGUGUAUGUGUUGUAAUUUCUCAAAGGAAGACGUCCUGUUCUGGCCCACAGAAAAAGUAAAAUGGCGAUUUGUUGAAGGAGGAGAAAUAAUGGUAAACGUAUUGAAUCUUUGAGCUUCUGGACCAGCCAAAAUGGAAGAUUCGUCGUCGUCGAUGGGCCAAAACGGGGGCCAGAUGGGCUCGCAGGCCGCCUCGUCAUCAAAUAACAAACAGAACGAGGAUUCCCAGCAAAAGGACUAUUCCGUACCAGGCAUACUACAUUUUAUCCAGCACGAAUGGGCCAGGUUUGAAUUGGAAAGAUCACAAUGGGAAGUGGAUAGGGCUGAAUUACAAGCAAGAAUAGCCUUUCUUCAAGGAGAACGCAAAGGUCAAGAGAACCUCAAAAAUGACCUAGUGCGUCGAAUUAAGAUGCUCGAAUACGCCCUCAAGCAAGAAAGGGCGAAAUUUCACAAACACAAAUAUGGUACCGAGUUACAACAGGGCGACAUGAAUCCGCCUGUUAUGGAUGAUAGUGGUGAAUCUCAGCUUGAUCCUGAUCAGAGCUACUUACCGGUUGGCAAUUCUACUUGGAAGGAUGGUAGAAAAUUGCUGCGACAGUACUUACAGGAAAUUGGUUAUACCGAUAGAAUAAUAGAUGUUAGAUCAACCAGAGUACGCGCUCUUUUAGGAUUAAAUAACAACCAUCCUGAUCAAGAGGAAAGUUAUAAUGGUGGACCUGUGAAUGGAAAUGAGUCGAUUAAGAGAGUUAGCGAAACUCAGGGUAGGAGAACACCGGCCAAAAAACCUCAACCAGGCUCUCUAUCCGAAGCUAUGAUGUUGGACACAGAGGCGGCAGUUAUGGCUAAUUUGGAUUUUCUGUCGAACACUGAUGUUGACAUGGAUGACGAUGAAGAUAUGAGCGAUGAUGGAGAAAUGGAUCACAGUGUUGAAAUGGAGGAUGAAGUCAAACCAAAUAAAAAAGAAGGCGAAGAUGUAGACGCCUUAGCAUUGGAAGUAUUUAAUGAAUUAAACAGGCUUUCAGAGGUUGAGAAAAAACCAGAAACGAAAAAUGCCGCCGGCCCUCCUGAUUGGGAUAAAACGCAAGUUCCCAAACGGCCAAUAGGCAUCAGUGAUGAAGAUAACAUAGACGCGGCUCUGGGUUUGGGGGAAUUGGCGCAACUGACCGUCAAUAAUGACGCCGAGAGCACUUAUGACAUUGCAAGCAGUAAAGAGGCAUUUCGUAAAACGUGGAAUGCCAAAUACACGUUGAGAAGUCAUUUUGAUGGGGUGAGAGCGCUUGGUUUUCAUCCCACUGAACCAGUUCUAAUAACGGCUAGUGAGGAUCAUACUUUAAAAUUAUGGAAUUUGCAAAAGACCGUGCCUGCAAAGAAGAGCGCUAGUUUAGAUGUAGAACCUUUAUACACCUUCCGGAUGCAUUCUGGUCCAGUACUGUCUCUAGCAAUAUCUGGGACCGGUGAACAUUGUUACUCUGGCGGUUUAGAUGGCCUCAUCAAUUGUUGGAAUAUACCAAAUUCGAACAUAGAUCCUUAUGACCUUUUCGAACCAGACGUUUUAAACACAACGUUGCACGGGCACUCUGAUGCAGUGUGGGGCUUGUCAGUUUUAAAUUCGAAACAGCAGCUGGUCUCCUGUUCUUCGGAUGGUACUGUCAAACUCUGGUCGCCCCAUAGUAAAGUCCAGUUACUGAAUACAUUUACCUCAGAACAGGAUGGAAUUCCUUCCAGCGUUGACUUUAUUAGAGAUGAACCUAACAAAGUGGUAGCCUCAUUUGCGUCAUCACAUUGCGUCAUUUUCGAUACUGAAACUGGCAAACCAGUUUUGCGCUUGGAAUCCACUAGCCAGGAUAGCGUCAAUUUAAGUGCGAAAAAGAUAUAUAAGAUUGUUUGUCAUCCAACAUUAUCGCUCACCAUCACAGCCCACGAGGAUAGACACAUACGAUUUUGGGAUAAUCAUACGGGCAAAAUGGUUCAUUCAAUGGUGGCCCAUUUGGAUGCUGUGACUAGUUUGGCUGUGGAUCCUAAUGGAUUGUAUCUACUUUCAGGAUCCCACGACUGUUCGAUAAGAUUAUGGCACCUAGACAACAAAACAUGCGUUCAAGAAAUAACGGCUCAUCGCAAAAAAUUCGACGAGAGCAUCUUAGAUGUAGCUUUUCAUCCAUCUCGACCUUACAUAGCCAGCGCAGGCGCUGACGCUUUAGCCAAAGUUUUCGUAUAAGGAAUAGGAAACAUAUUUGUUUUCAUAUCUCAAUAAAUAAGUGGCGGAGAUGACGGCAGGAACAAUGAAGGGUAAAUGAUAAAAGUGGUGGAAGAAUAGUGUUUUCUUGCAAUAAGGGCAAACUUUAUGGAAAUGCGGAUAUCGCAAACUUAGAGCUCAGGUUUAAGGCAAUAGAUAGUUGAAAAAUUGUAAUAUGAAAAUAAAAAUCUAGUCAAUAAUAUUUUUUUCACAUGCAAUUCAUCUAAUUUUGUUAAGUGCAUUUGGGUGUCAAAACCUCAUUAUCCCAGGCACCCAAAAAAAUUGAAUCUUUUAAAUUUUUCUUUUCAAGACUGAAAUAUCGUUAAUUUUUCAUGUGAUAGGCAUAGAGUAGUGUAGAUCAAAAACGUAUUUUAGAAAACUUGAUAUAAAGAAUGAAUUGACUGUUGCACUUUACUGGCUCUUGAAAUUCCUGAGAGCCAUAUUUUUCAUUUUUCAAUGCAAGAACCAUGAAAGUGUUCUUCUGGCCCUAUGUUUCAUUUUAAACAAUAUGAUGCGCAAUAAAAUAGUUUUAGAAGAAUACUAAGUCGAUGUGUAGGACAGUAAUGUCCAAGUUAUGUAGAUUUAUAUUGUUUGCCACUUCCAUCAUUUACUGUUUACAUGGGUUGCGUUUUUGCUUGUUUUCAAUGGGAAUAAUGUCCUGGGAUGUUGAAACUGCCUAAUACAUAGUGGAUUUCUAAAAUUUGAGAAAGAAAAUACAUACAUUUAUCUUAAAGGAAAUUAAAUUGGCUUUAUGCGUUUUUUAUAAGAUUCAACUGCAAACAUUUGUUUGAACCACUGAACAGUGAAAAAAUCUGUGAAUGUUAAUGUUUGUCCUGUUUUUACAGAAAACUCAUUACUCUUAAUUUUUACUCUGUAAGCUAUAUCACUUAGUUAAAGUGUGUAUAUAUUUAAAAAACCAAUUUUACUUUUUAUGUAUAUAAAUAUUUUCUUAUUGUCACAAUAUUAUCUACGAUUUGUUUUGCCUUUAUAUAUCCUUUUGUAAAUAGGUUUAUUUAUUUUUACAUUAAGUUUCAAUCUAAUAAUAUUGGCAAUUGAAAAAUUUGAGUAUAGUGUGCCCACUUCAGAUUUUAAAUUUUUGGUCCUAGGAUUUCUAUAUUCUAGAAAAUCAUUUUAAAGUGAUCGAUUUGUAUAAAGUUAAACUGAAGAAAAAAAAUCGAUGAUUAGCUUGUCUCCGUUUCCACCAAAUCAAAUUUGAGAGUACAGUGGUGCUUAUGUCAUCUUAUGUGUUGAGUGGUGAGAAGCCCAUUCAUAUUUAACCAAAUUUCAUUAUUUACUUAUAUGUGUAGUAUUUGGUGAUAAUUUUCUUUUAGGCGGACACAUUUUGGCAAUUCCAAAGGUCCGCCCAAGAGAUAUUUGAGUUUAUUUUGAGAUGGGUGAUUAAUUAUUUGUGGCAAGUUUCUUUUCAGGUAGAACAUAAGGAAAUAAGUCGACCAAAGCCUUGGCUCAAAAUUCCCUACCAGUCGUUUACGCGUUUCAUUUAUAUUUGAUGCUGGUAGGGGUAUGUUUCCUCAGAGUGGUUGUUUCUAGUUGGUCAACAAAGUUCAAUUAUUUAUUUGUUUGAUAAGGAGGACGCGAUGUACCAUUAUUAUCAAAAUUGGAUGCAAAUUUGCUAAAUUCUAAAAUCAUUUUAGUUGAGAUUACUCUUCCAAUCCAAAUUUCGAGAACAGGCUCUCCAACUUAAAGGCUCCUAGAGGUUGGUUUGGUGGAAUCGGCUAUUAAAUCAAGUUUGAUCAGUUGAAAUUGUUGAUAACUCAAAUAUUUGGCCAAUUUUUAUUGCUUAUUUAACAAAAUUUGUUUUAUUGCAUCAAAACCUGGUGGGCUUAAUAACAAUAAUGCAAUGCAAAUAUAGAUUAUAUUAUAUUGUUCAUUUUAUUAAUUUAUUGGCAAUUUUAUUGUAAUUGAUGUAAUUUCCCAUUUUUUAUAUUUGUUCGGUCAUGUAUUAAUCAUAUAUUAUAUCACAAGACCUUUAAAUUUAAUCGAUUAAAUUAUCCAACAUAUUUUGAGCAUGAUUUUGCUUGGAAAAUAGUUGAAUGCACAAUAACUUAAUAAUUUAUUUUAUUUUUAUUUAAAAGUUAUUGUGCAUGAAACUAUUUGCCGAAAAGCAAAAUUAUGCAAAAAAUAUUUGGAUAGUUUAAUCCAUUUAAAUUUAUCGGUCGAGUGGUAUACGGCUAGAUUAUUUCCUGAAUAAUUAGGAUUGAAUUGUUGGCGUCAAUCCUAUCCAAAGAGUUCUAUUUAUUAUAAAAUGUGAGAAUUUUUCUAUCAAAAUUCUGUCAAAAAAGGUAAACAAAAAUUUAAUCAUAUAUUAUAUCACAAGACCUUCAAAUUUAAUCGAUUAAACUAUGCAACAUAUUUUGAGCAUGAUUUUGCUUGGAAAAUAGUUGAAUGCACAAUAACUUAAUAAAAGCUCGAGACCGCGAAGCGGUCGAGGGCUUUUAUUUAAAAGUUAUUGUGCAUGAAACUAUUUGCCAAAAAGCAAAGUUGUGCGAAAAAUAUUUGGAUAGUUUAAUCCAUUUAAAUUUCUAGGUCGAGUGAUAUACGGCUAGAUUAUUUCCUGAAUAAUUAUUAGGAUUGAAGCCACAAACAAAAAGUUCUAUUUUUUAUUAUAAAAUGUCAGAAUAUUUCUAUCAAAAUUCUGUCAAAAAAGGUAAACAAAAAUUUAAUCGCUGAUAAACAGGUCUUGUGAAAUAAUCACUUAUUUAAACAAAAUUUAUUCAAAAAAUGACGUUGUCUGAUUGGUCUAUUUUAUAAUGAAUGAAAUAAUCGCUGAUAAACAAGGUCUUGUGAAAUAAUCACUUAUUUAAACAAAAUUCAUUCAAAAAAUGACGUUGUCUGAUGGGUCUAUUUUAUAAUGAAUGAAAUAAUCAUGCAAAAAAACAAAUAUUCUGAUAAAUAGUAACUAGAAGUGGACACAUUAUAUUGUACUGAAUUAAGCGUGCAAGAAAAAUUAUAUUGCAUAAAAUAGUAAUAAUAAAUAUUAAUAAUGUAAAUAUUAUAUAAAAAUUUCCAUUUUCCUGGAAAUGAAAAGCUGUAGAACCAUGUACAGGGUGUUUAAAAACUAAAUUGUGAAUGUUACUGUUCGAAGAAAAAAAUGAUGAUACAGUCUAAAAGCCGACCCCAUGAUUUGUACUUUCAUAACUUUUAUGGGUUAUUUGUUUUUCAAAAACAUGUUUUUGUGUAAGUUUAAAAAAGAGCACUGGGUGCCUAACCAGAACAAAUUUUCUUAUCGUCACACUAUGUUUCUUUAAUUUUAUCGACAUCAAAACACCCAGAAAGUUACAAUAAACAGACCAAGGAGCAUGUAAAUAUGAGUUUAUAGUUCCAAGUUGGGACAGAGUCUUAGCAGCCCUUAUUCAAUUUUUAGAUAAUAGGUAAGACUAAAAGAAACAAGGUUUCACGAAAUGAAAACAUAGGCAAUACAUUAAUUAGAACAGAAUCAAUAAAACUCGAAUUUCGAAAGGGUAAUGGACAGAAUAUCUAUGAGGAUUGGUCUUUACUCAGCCACCUAUUUCCCUCUCUUCUCUGGACAGUUUUCAAUUGGAACGAUACUAUAUUUGAGUACCACUUUGUUAAUGAACUUCAAAUAAAAGACAAAGAUUGUCAGUAUCAAGAUAUUUUUUUUGCAGGAAAAGUAGGUACUGCUUGCUUUUCUUUUGCUUUUCAGGUAAUGGACUUUUUUGGAAACAAUUUUGGUAUUCGUUUUGCAUGAACUUCUCUGGCCAGUGUUUCUUUAUCUAAAACUUUCUCAAUUAGUAUGUGGCAGUAUGCCCCUUUUCUUAGAAAUAGUUUGCUGCGACAUAUUUUCAAGAUUGAAUGGGCUAGGUAAAGCUUUAGUGGAUCUCUGGUAACUGUUUUUGUUAUCAUUGCUUUUUUUAUCCCUUGGUGUUUAGAUGUUUUUCAUCAAUUGUGGUGGCGAAACCAUUUGUGUGGAGAUUGCCAGAUGAUUGAGCAUGUUAAAGUAGAUCUAUAUUUCAUGUAACUCUUCAAUUCAAAAACAUAUGAUGAGAGAUAACUACAGUCCGACUUUUAUAAUCUGAUACUCCCUACGUUAACACGUCAAUGGACACCUGACCUGACAUCUGUUUUUGCUUUUGUGAAUGUAACAAGAAACAUAUAUGAACUUUUUUUCUUCCAAGGUGUGGAUGAUGCAAGCAGUUUUUUUCUGGCAUACCGAAAAAAAGUGAAAAUCACUAGGAAAUUAAAUUAUGUUCAUCCAUAGAAUAGUAUAUUGUGUAUUUAGGUGGAAAAGAGAUACAUUAUUGGCUGACGGUGUAAGUUGACGGGCGAGGCGUAGCCGAGGCCGGCAAACACCGAAGGCCAAGAAUGUGCUUUUUCACCGAAAUACGCAUACUAUUUUUUCUGUGAUCGGUUAAAUAUCUGUCAAAUGUUGUUUGUCUUUUGGUUCCAAUUGUUCAGAGAAUCACUUUGCCAGGCUAGCGGGAAAAGUGAUUCCCGUAUUGUUAUUCAUUGAUUCCUUAGCAACUAUUGAAACAUAAUUAAAAUAUCAGAAUAUUAGCUUUGUUUUCGUUCGAAACUUGGAACGGUUCUGGAAUUGCGCAGAACUGCUUGCGCACAAAAAAUAAUAGAGGACUGUUCUAAUACUAGUUCUGAACCAAUUCGGAACCAAAAAAACCAAAACACAAAAUUCUAAAACAGUUCCUCCUUCAGAGCAAGAACUGAGAGAACCGUUCUAGAACAAUCCCAGAAUUGUUCUCAAAAAGUUCUAGAUAAACCAAAACACUGUCAACACAGUUCGAUUACGAUUCUGAAAAAACCAAAACGCGUUUUGUAAUAUGCGCAUGUGCAGGAUGAUUCCGAACUAGUUCUGAGUGAAACCAAAACAAAGCUAUUGAGUUUUGCGACCUGUCAACCGGUCAAAAAUGUUGACAUUUCUUGUCAAUCACAGAAAAAUAAAUUUUCAUAACAAAGUUGGCACUUUUUAGUCUGUGAAAUAUUGAUGUCACUUACCUCUUUAAUUCAAAUAACCAAUGAUGCAGACACUCUUACUUGCUCCUUAAAAACCGCGUCCUCCUGACUGUAAGAUGAGUUUGGGAUAAAAUGGAAAUAAAGCAAUUUUCGACAAGAUUUUGAAAUUUGAAUUAAAAACUAUGUCAAUCUCUUUCAAAAACGAACAAUUUGUUGCUCUCAAGAAUCCAGGUUCCCGAAAACUAAACUUUAUGGGUUCAUUCCGUUAUUUAUUGUAUGGAAAUGCACAUCAUUGAUGCUGGAUAAAGUUUAACUUUGGUGGUGUUUGGCAAUAGCUAUACAAAAAAUACAAUUUAAAGAAAUCCCAUUUGUGACAAUUUUUUAGUAAAACUCAACUAUAGGAAACUAGUGCAAGCCUAAAACGAUUACCAAAAAUCUUUGUAUGUAUCAGUAACUUCCAUUGAAACUUUCAAUCAGGAAUUGAAUCGAGUACAUUUGAAAAAUCACACCUGAAAGUAGGAAUAUAUUAUUCUACAAGACACGAGCAAAUCCAGAGGCGCAAAAUCCAUUUUAAUCACAAAUUAUUUGGAAAAAAAAAUUGGUUGAGUUCAAUAAACUAAUACAUGAACAGGGUGUAAAUCACGGGGUCGACUCUCCUACUAAUAUUAAACAAAUAUUUGCUUGUUUUUGUGUUAUUAUUAUUCUUUAUUUAAAAAAAAAAGCUGUUACUUUUUAUUUUUAUAUUUUAAAAGAGUAUUUCUAUAGCUAGUGUAAUAUAAAACUGCCCCUAUAGUAGACCA